AUGUCUGAGACAAUCAAGACCGUCAGCAUCCCCAACAUUGCCUGGGAGACAGCCGCUGACAUUCACUUCCCACCCGAUUUCGACAAGAAAAAUAGGUACCCCGCGGUCGUAAGCGCUCAUCCGAUUGGAUCAUGCAAAGAACAAACUUCAGGCAACGUUUAUGGAAAAGCAAUGGCAGAAGAAGGCUUCGUUGUUAUCGCCUUUGACGCAUCUUUCCAGGGCUCCUCUGGUGGCAAGCCUCGCUUUAUCGAAAACCCAGAGUUCCGCGUCUCUGACUUCCGCAUCGUCGUCGACUAUAUUCAAACUUUGCCUUAUGUGGACGCCGAUCGCAUUGGCGUGCUUGGCCUCUGUGGCGGAGGAGGCUAUGCUAUCAAUGCUGCCAUGACGGAUUACCGUUUCAAGUGCUGUGUUUGUUUCGAUCCGGCUGGCGCUCUUGAAAAGAUGGCUGCUCAGCGUACUGCCGAAGCUCAAGGCGGAGAGCGGCUGGUUAUCAACUACCUCCCGUCAACAGUUGAAGAUGCCAAUAAAGCAACUAGCGAUAUUGACAUUAUCGAGGCCACCGAUUACUACAAGACCAACCGAGGCCAGGCAACCAAUGGAUGUACUAGCGGGCUAUUCUCAUUCAACAGCGCUGCACUCUCAUGGGAUGCAUUUAACCACGCAGAGACGCUCAUGACUCGGCCUCUGAUGGUCGUAGUUGGUGAAAGGCCAGGAGGAUUUGGCGCUUAUCGGGACGCUCAUGAGAUUCAUGGUCGGGCAGCCUCUAAGGAGAAGCACGUUGUAGUUCUCCCCGGAGUUUCGCACUACAUGCUUUACGACAAGCCCGAGGCAGUAGAGCCGGCGCUCGAACAAGUGCUGCCUUUCUUGAAGAAGCACCUGGGCGAUGCCAAAUAG